CGCACUUCCUGUUAAAGAGAGACAGCAUGGCAUCUGGCACGGAGAUUGUUGCUCCCAGCAGUGAAGAGGAGAGCACAGAGAGUCCAGCAGGACAGAAGAGAGAGGAGAGACUGAGAAAGUUCAGAGAACUUCAUUUCAAAAGGAAUGAGGCUCGUAAGCUGAAUCAUCAGGAGGUGGUGGAAGAAGACAAAAGACUGAAGCUGCCGUCUAACUGGGAGGCCAAGAAAGCUCGUCUGGAGUAUGAGCUCAUGGUGGACCAGAGGAAGAAGGAAUGUGCAGAGCGUGGGGAGGACUAUGACCGUGUGAAGCUCCUGGAGGUCAGCGCUGAAGAUGCAGAGAGAUGGGAGAGGAAGAAAAAGAAAAAAAAUCCUGAUCCAGGAUUCUCCGGGUACGCUGAGGCCCAGCUGAGACAGUACCAGAGACUGACAAGGCAGAUCAAGCCUGAUAUGGAAAACUACGAGAAACAGAGAGAGGAGUGUGGUGAAGAUUUCCACCCCACCUCCAACAGUCUGAUUCACGGGACUCACGUCCCCUCUAAAGAGAGCAUCGACCGCAUGGUGGAGGAUGUGGAGAAACAGAUUGAAAAGCGUUCGAAAUACAGCCGCCGCAGGGCCUACAAUGACGACGCAGACAUCGAUUAUAUUAACGAGAGGAACGCCAAGUUCAACAAGAAGGCCGAACGUUUCUACGGCAAAUACACAGCCGAGAUCAAACAGAACCUGGAGAGAGGAACAGCCGUGUAACCAUGGAGACUACAAAUGGCACCUCUCCAUCUACCAAGCAACCAUACAGACGUCAUAUGCUAAUGUUUUACCCUCAUGUGAAGACAUAAACUCUCUUCUAAGGAUGUUUCUUCUUCGGUGGUCUUGUAAAUGAAAAAUAAUGUUUGUUUGUUUUUUACUUUUCUAUCAUACUUAGGUAUUGGCAAAAUUAUUUUACCUGCAGUGGUAGAGUGGGGGUCUACCUGUCAGAGUUUUUGCUUUUUUGUGUGUAAAUUAAAUCUGUUUCCGCAACAGUGGACGUUUAUUUGAAUAAAGACAUUUAACUAUGAAA